AUGAAGUCCGUCGCCGCCAUUGCCAUCUUGGCUGGCCUUGCCACCGCAUUCCCUGGAGAGGUGCUAAAGAAGCGCGCAUUGAAGCCAAGAGAGGGCUGCCCUCGAGAGCUCACCCCCGGCCAAUUCGAAUUCCCUCACUACAUCACCCAGAUCUCCAAGUCACAGCCUGACAAGUCCUUCGGACCUCAGUACAAUGGCGUAUUCACCCCCAAUGACAUUGAGUCCAUCUUCAGCUUCGACGUCCCAGCCUCGCGCGCCGAUGCAAACUGCACACUCGAGUUCAUCUUCCCCCAGAAGUCGCAACUGAAGACUUCCAACUUCGACUACGAGGGUGGUGGCUCGUUCUUCUUCACAGGCUACAACCCAGGCAGCUGCCCGGGACCCCAGACGACAUACAAUAACCAGCCAGCACCAGGACCAUUUCCAGCAUUCCCACCCAUCCACAUGGAGCCCGGUAACGCCUAUACCAUUGACAUUGGCCCUUGCUUUGUCGGUGCCGGCACCUGUGUCGCUGGCAAGACAUCCACCAACGACACCAACUUCUGGUAUUUCCAGGACCAAGACGAGUGCCCCAUUGGCAUCUACACCGCUUACACUUACGGCGAGCCCAACAGGCCACCUCCAUCAUAG